AUGACUAUAUGCGCUAUAUCAUACCUGGAGAUCAUCACAGCAGCCGAAGUUGCUGUGCAGAGGGAGGAGAUCGUCCGAGCAUCAGGCCUCAUCCCGUCACAGAGGGAGGCUAGCAUCACUGCGCAGAGGGAGGAGAUCCUCCGAGCAUCAGGCCUCAUCCCUGCACAGAGGGAGAGGGUCCUCCGAGCAUCAGGCCUCAUCCCUGCACAGAGGGAGGGGAUUCUUCCAGCAGCUUCUAUCACUGCGCGGAAGAAGAAGAUCCUCAGAGCAUCACACCUCACCCCUGCACAAAGGGAGUUGAUCCUCCUGAUGGCCAGUGUCACUGCGCAGAGGAAAGGAAUCUUCCCAAAGGCCAGCGUCCCUGCAGAGAGGGAGGAGAUCUUCCUCACAACCAGUGUCCCUGUGAAGAAUGGAAACAAUCAUCCACAACCACCUCCCAUCAUCCCCAUGGUGGCACCACUGUGGAAAUGGGAUGGUGGAGCGUGUACUCCACCUGUGGAUUUCUAUUCCAAGAGAAGAGAUGUCCGACUUAGAUAUGUUGAGCAUCCUGCUAUGAUGUCCAUCACCAAGCCGGAACACUCCGAUGCCAACCCUCAGAGCCAGACUGGCAGCCGGCUGGUGGCUGAGCCCGAGACCCCUGCUGUUCACAAUAACAGUGGAGGCUGGCUCAGCUGGGUCUUUGGGAGUGGAAGAGUUAAUAAGAAGGAGGUUCAUCUACCUGAGGACAAAGACAGAUCUAUUGUCUGGGAUCCAACUCUGCACAGAUGGGUUAACAAAACUGAGCCCAAGGCUGAGAACAAGUGUGUACCACCACCUCCACCGAUGGGGACAUAUGGAUAUCAGGGGAACACUGGCAGUGUCCCCAAAGGAGUCAAUCCUUACUCUAUGAAAGCAGCAGGUCUAUGGGGCAGCAGAUACCCUACAAUGCAUUACAAUGAUGGAACCAACUCAAAGCCUCCAAGCCAUGGGCCUGGACUGCUUCCUAGACAGCUCUCUGGCUUGCUCCCUCCUUCACACUUUGACCUCAUGGCACCAAUGGUUGUGCCACCUGACACUCUACCCUACUGA